CUUUCCUGAAAGCAGUCUGGUCGCGGUCUCUAGCUUUCUCGGCCAGAGCCCCCUGGCCUCCCUCUCCUGUGCCCUGUCCCCGCCCCCGUUCCCGGACCGCCCUCGGCCCCGCCUCCAGGGCGGGCUCCGGACCGACCGGCGCCGCCUCCCCUCCUCCCCUCCUCCCAACCAGCCGGGCCUCACAGCCCUGAGCCGCCCGGGCAACGAGCGCCGCGUCUCCGGCCCGCCCGGCCGGCCAGGCUCGGCCCCCCCCCGCCCCCUGCCUGGGUCUGCUGCCCCGGGCCAUGGAGCCACGGCCACCAGGGCCCCGCAGGGAGACUGCGAAGACAUCUGCUGAUCCAGGGUGGAGCAGAGAAGGUUCCCAAUCCCUCCAAGCCCAACAGCUCUGCCCUGAAGCCCUGCUGAUGCUGAUAGUGAAGAGAAGGUUCAGAAGAUGGACCCUGUACAGAAAGCUGUGCUCUCCCACACUUUUGGAGGACCCUUGCUCAAGACCAAGCGGCCAGUCAUUUCCUGUAAUGUCUGUCAAAUCCGCUUCAAUUCUCAGAGCCAGGCUGAGGCGCACUACAAGGGUAAUCGCCAUGCCCGAAGAGUCAAAGGCAUCGAAGCUGCCAAAACCCGAGGCAGGGAGCCUAGUGUCCGGGAAUCAGGAGAUCCAGCUCCAGCAGGCAGCACCCCUCCGAGUGGGGAUGGUGUAGCCCCUCGUCCAGUUUCCAUGGAGAAUGGCCUGGGUCCAGCCCCAGGAUCCCCAGAGAAACAGCCUGGCUCCCCAUCCCCUCCCAGUGUUCCAGAGUCUGGACAGGGUGUAACCAAGGGUGAAGGGGGAACUUCAGUCCCAGCUUCCCUGCCUGGGGGUAGCAAGGAAGAGGAGGAGAAGGCUAAGCGUCUGCUCUACUGUGCACUGUGCAAGGUGGCUGUGAACUCCCUGUCCCAGCUUGAGGCACAUAACAAAGGUACUAAGCACAAGACAAUUUUGGAGGCCCGAAGUGGGCUGGGACCCAUCAAAGCUUACCCUCGGUUGGGGCCUCCCACUCCUGGGGAACCAGAGGCUCCUGCCCAGGACCGAACCUUCCACUGUGAGAUCUGCAAUGUCAAGGUCAAUUCGGAGGUCCAGCUGAAACAGCACAUCUCCAGCAGGAGGCACCGAGAUGGCGUGGCUGGGAAGCCCAACCCUCUACUGAGCCGGCACAAGAAGCCUAGGGGCGCUGCAGAGCUGGCGGGCACGCUGACUUUCUCAAAGGAGCUGCCCAAGUCCCUGGCCGGUGGCCUGCUCCCCAGCCCCCUAGCGGUGGCUGCGGUGAUGGCCGCUGCAGCAGGAUCUCCACUGUCCCUGCGUCCAGCUCCAGCUGCACCUCUUCUGCAGGGACCACCGAUCACACACCCUCUACUCCACCCUGCCCCAGGACCCAUCCGAACUGCGCACGGACCCAUCCUCUUCUCCCCCUACUGACCUCAGCCCUGAACCCCUCCCAUUGAAUCCCCCACCUCCAGCCGGGACCCAGGUCUCCGGGCUCCCAGCCCGCCCCUCUUCCCGGCGCUCCCUGAAUGGUCUCUCCUUCCCCCCACCCCGAGGUACGGGGUUCCAGGAAAGGGGAGGGGUAGCGGGGGAGGGGGGCUUCAGAAGGGGGGGAACACCCCAGAUCUCAGGGAACCCCGCCCCCUGCCCUUCCCUCUCCCCUAGAAAAGAGGGGGGCCGUCUCACCCCCGAGCCCCCUCGGAGACACCCCCUCCCAAAAGCCAUGUCCAUCCAACCCUUCCCCUCCAAACCUAGCACAAAACGGGGUUCACAAGCCAUGGUCGGGGCCCGGGGGGAGAACAUGGAUUUUCUUGGCAAUAAGCGGACUCUGGGACUCCGGCUCCCCUACCCCAAACUAAAGCGCUUCCGUGAACAACCCCAUCCUCCCGCAGGAGGAGGGGAACAGGCGGGAUCCUGGGUCCCUCGUAAGCACUUUGGUUUUACCGCCUGCAACCUCACUGUGCCCGCCCCGCACCAUGCCCCAGCCCCAGGUCCAGUCGGGCCCAUUGCAGGGGGCAGCACUUGGGGGCAUCUCAGGCACUUGGGUGGGACCAAGGAGAUGCCCUCAUAGACCCUUCCCUCGCCUUCUUCCUCCCCGGUCCGGGUUCCAUUCUUUUCACCAGCACCCAUCGCCCAAGGGGUACCAAGGGGGGCAAGGGGUGUCCAGUCCAAGCCCACCCCCGCCUCGCCUUCCGCAAAACUGUGAGCAAAAAGCAAUAGAAGCCUCGCCCCCGCCCCCGGCCCGUCCCUUUCCGCAGGAUUUGCCGUCUGUAGCCUCCCCAUUCCAGUUCCUAGACCUCAUGGCUGCCCCCUCCCGUGACACCUCCACUGCACAACUCGGGCGGGGGCGUGACCCCCAACCCGUCCCUUCUGUGGUUUCUGUGUGGUCAGCCCUUCCAGCCACCGACCCGGGAUGGGGACUGGCCCCCACUGGCCCUCCCCUCCCCAUGGACUCUUUCUGCUUGACAAUGUAGCAAACCCCCUCCCUCUUUCUCUCUCCUUGACAAUAAAGUCUGGAUUUGUUCUGCCCUCCCGCCCAGGA